AAAACCUUUGCAUCGCCUCUACUGAAUAUCUACCAGUAGGACUGUACCGACUUUCACCAUGGACAAGUUCUCAGCGUUCGGAAAGAACCUCAGCGCGAGCUUCUCUCCCUUUGCCCAGCGCACUCAGCAGAUGAUCCGCGAGCAACUCGGUCAGGCAGAAGACCGGACUCAGCUUCCCGAUGAAUACAUCGAAUUGGAGAAGCGCGUGGAUGCGCUGAAGAUUGUCCACCAGAAGCUCCUCCAGGUCACCUCCCAAUACUCCAACGAAGCCUACGACUACCCUCCCAACAUCCGUGAAUCCUUCAAUGAUCUCGGUCGCACGAUCAACGAGAAGGUCUCGCUUCUUUCCCAAGCCUCGUCGCCUGCCGAGGCCCAGGCGGCCCUGGUCGCCCCCCCCUCGGCCAAGCCCCAGCCCAAGACCUUCAACCACGCCAUCGCUCGCGCCUCGCUGGCCGGAUCCCAGACCCUGGCGCAAUCCUCUCACGGCGAGGACCCCCUGGCUACUGCCCUGGAGAAGUACGCGCUCGCCGAGGAAAAGGUGGGCGAGGCCCGUCUGGCCCAGGAUGCUCAGAUCCAGUCGCGCUUCCUGGCUGGGUGGAACACCACGCUGAACACAAACCUGAUGUUCGCGGCCAAGGCCCGCAAGAACGUCGAGAACGCUCGUCUCAUGCUGGACUCGAUCAAGGCGGCUAAGAAGGCUCAGGUCAAGGGAGACUGGGACAGUCUGAGCGAGGAGGCUCGCGCCGAGAUUGAGCAGGCGGAGGACGAGUUCGUCGGACAGACUGAGGAAGCCGUGAGCGUGAUGAAGAAUGUUCUCGACACCCCCGAGCCCCUCCGCAACCUGGCCGAUUUGAUCGCCGCGCAGCUCGAGUUCCACAAGCGGGCCUAUGAGAUACUCAGCGAGUUGGCUCCUGUCGUGGACGGCUUGCAGGUUGAACAAGAGGCUAGCUACCGCAAGAGCCGUGAGGGAGCUUGAAAUGCCGCUCAAAUUGUAAAUUUCCUUGUCUUAUCGUUUGCUUCUGUUGGAAUCGCAGCCCCUGUUAAUUCAGCCCCUGUUUGAUUUUGUGGCAGUGUUCUAUAUCCCUCGAUAGGUGGUUACAUCGAUCAGAUUG